CUUCAGUCUUGGCUAUGUUCCAACUUUCAUUUUCCAAGAGAAGAAAAUCGAAACUCAACUGAGCGUUAGUCGAAGGAGGUGUGUGUUUCUCUCCUCCCCCGGGCCAAGAUGCCUGGAGGUGUGGCUGGUUUCCACUGUCAUAUAAGGCACAGGGACAGCUUCAGGGUACCAGUGUGGCCACCAUGGGGAUGCUGGCACCCACGGCUCUCGCUGGGAGGAUGCUCAGUGCGUUCGGGCAGCCGCUGGGCUCUCUGUGGGGCAGCCUGGCCUCGCUGCUCUGCUGGCUGAGAGCAGCGUUCUGGUGGCCAGCUGUGGAGAUGGGCCAGCAGCAGGUUGCUGGAGAACUGGAGGGGAGCCAGGAGGAGGCGGAGGAGAACUACACGAUCCCCACCAGUGUCAACUACCACUUCACUCGGCAGUGCAACUACAAGUGUGGGUUCUGCUUCCACACGGCCAAGACAUCCUUCGUUCUGCCCCUGGAGGAGGCCAAGAGAGGGCUGCUUUUGCUCAAGGAAGCCGGUAUGGAGAAGAUAAACUUUUCAGGCGGAGAGCCGUUUCUCCAGGACCGAGGAGAAUACUUGGGCAAACUCGUGAAGUUCUGCAAAGUGGAGCUGGGUCUGCCCAGUGUCAGCAUCGUGAGUAAUGGCAGCUUGAUCCGGGAGAGGUGGUUCAAGGACUACGGUGAGUAUCUGGACAUUCUUGCUAUCUCCUGCGACAGCUUCAAUGAGCAAGUCAAUGUCCUCAUCGGCCGGGGCCAGGGAAAGAAGAACCAUGUGGAAAACUUGCAGAAACUGAAUAAGUGGUGCAAGGACUAUAAAGUGGCCUUCAAGAUCAACUCUGUGAUUAAUCGAUUCAAUGUGGAAGAGGACAUGAGAGAACACAUCAGGGCACUCAACCCUGUGCGCUGGAAGGUCUUCCAGUGCCUCCUGAUUGAGGGCGAGAACUGUGGAGAAGAUGCUCUGAGAGAAGCAGAAAGAUUCAUCAUUAGUGAGGAAGAGUUUGAGGAAUUCUUGGAGCGUCAUAAAGAGGUGUCCUGCUUGGUGCCAGAGUGUAACCAGAAGAUGAAAGACUCUUAUCUCAUUCUGGAUGAAUAUAUGCGCUUCCUGAACUGCAGAAAAGGACGGAAAGACCCUUCCAAGUCCAUUCUGGAUGUUGGUGUACAGGAGGCUAUAAAGUUCAGCGGGUUUGAUGAGAAGAUGUUUCUCAAGCGAGGGGGAAAGUAUGUGUGGAGCAAGGAAGACAUGAAGUUCGACUGGUGACCCAGAAGGGGGAAGAAGAUGUUCACCCUUCUGCCCACGGAUGGUCACCCCUGUGUCCGUCUCUGACGGUGGCCAGGUGACUGCGCCUGGGGUGGCUCUGCCCUGUAAAAGUGCCAAAAGCCAAAGGCUGGGAGGACUGUGAUGAGUGUACAGUGUGCCUGGGGUUUAUUCGAACAGAGCCACUGUGUCAUGCAAUAUUCUCAAUUUACUCUGAAUCCCUUAAAAGAGGAUACGAUCUGGUUCCAUAUGAAAAAAAAAACAGUCCUUUCUUUUUCUAGCUGGAAGAAAAAGCAUACCAAAGACUGUGAUGUAAUCAGUCUUCUUGUGGUGAAACCAUCAUGUGUAGUUUACUUAUGUAACCUACACAGUAUCUCACUGCCUGGAAAACAAUCAUAUCCUAUAAUUAUUUCAAAAAAGCUAAAGCAUGCAUUUUUUUUUUGGCCAGAGCAAAUUAAUUUAAUUCAGCUGCAAUGCCAGUGCCCGGCAGAAGAGGGCGCGUAGAUGUAUGAUUUCAUUAGUUUGUUCCAGAAAUUCUGCUUCCUAAUCUGUUUUCAGGAUUCACUGAUUUGAAUUGCUGAGUUGUGAUUUUUUUUUUCUUAAAAAAAAAAUCCCUACCUCAAGUUUUAACUCCUUAUACCUCAAUUUACAUAUGUUUUUGUCUCAUUCAAAAUAGGAUAGGUUAUUCUGUAUUUUCUACUUUACGUACUUUUUAAGAGAAUAAUGAAUCAGAAAGUCAUCUUAACAGGACCCAAACUACAAGACCGUCCUCCAAUCAAACUAGUCCUAAAACAAAACUUUCAGUUCACCAAAGGCAUUGGCAUGGUAUACAGUAGGUGCUCACCCAAUGUGAUCAGAAAUCAAAUUUGAAUCUGGAGCCCCAAUCUUUUCUAGUUGGGGAAACUAUUUUCCUUUCCCCUAAGGCACGCAUAAUACAAGAAGGCAAAGUAAAAUUACACUGGAGAAAUAACCCCCUUUGAACACUUGCUAGCUGUGUUUUUUACUACAGUAUUAUAUGUUUUAUGCACUGUCAGGAUUAGCAACAAUUUUGCGAUUAAAAUAUUUAGGUACCCUUCUGUCUUAAAAGGGGAGGAAUAGAAACUUUUAAUGUUACAGUGAAAUUCAAGCUUGGCUUACAGUGUUUUGCUUUACUUUUUCUACUUUAAAUACAAGUGUUUGCUUUGUGAAACUCACCCUGUUUAUUGGGGAAAUAAAGACACAUAUAACUGAUGUAUCUUA